AUGUGCUACUAUGGCAACUACUAUGGUGGCCUGGGCUAUGGCUAUGGUGGCCUAGGCUGUGGCUAUGGUGGCUAUGGCUGUGGCUAUGGUAGCUAUGGUUACAACUGUUACCGCCCACUGUGCUGUGGAAGAUACUGGCCCUAUGGCUUCUACUGA